ACUCUCAUCUUGUAUUCUCUUGGAAAACGUGACAAAGUUUGGUUUGUAUGGAUUAUAGAGGUUGUAUUGACUACCAUCCCCCAUGUCUACUACUAUUAACUAUGCAUAGUCACCUACUUUCUCUAGAACGUUUUACAAGAUGAGAAUCAAGAACUGUUAAAUGAGUGUCUUAAGGCACCAGCACUUGGAAAUUAUAACUAGUUACAAGUGUCUAUGGGAUGACAAUGUCUGGUACCGAGAAGGAUGGCGCUAAAAAGGCGGCUGCCUUCUUGGCAGGCUUUACUUCUUCUCAGCUAUUCAUUCUCAUGGUUUCUUCUGGGAGUUAUUCGGUGGACAGAUUUAUGCUUCCCAGGAGUUACGUUGGAAUGUACAUUAACAGGACUAUUAUUGCCUUCAGGCUGUCUACAUUUCUUGGAUCGCUUCUUCUUAAUAUACUAGUGCCUAGCAUUAAGCAAUUUGAUAGAAGUCUACCUAUUGUUUCUACAAUAUCAAGCUGGCUUUAUUGUCUGUCAUUCCUAGCUCUACUACUAAUAUACUACAAUGGUGGGAAAAAAGGACACAUCAUGUACUACUACUGUGCAAUUAUUUUCACGUCGAUUGUAUACGGUUCAAAUAACGUAUGUCUUCCGGCUGUAAUAGGGAAGGAUAUACCUUAUUACAUAGGUUCUAUCCAGUUAGCUGCCAUCAUGGUUUCUGCUUACCAAUUUUCGUUCACAAAGAUUGCAAAGGCGUUGAUGAUCACAAAUGUUCACUAUAAGUUGAUUGUCGGACAAUUAUCACUUGCAGUGUUUGUAUCUGGGAUAUCCGCCAUAUUGUGGUCAGUUGCAUAUGCGAGUGAAACAAUUAACGCAAGUGAGACUAAUUUUAAUGGAAUAGACAAGGCCUUAUCUCCUAUAAUGUUGACUACUUUGGGAUUCGGAAUGCAGAAUCUCUUCUACCCUGCCAUAGCUCCUUACAAAUUUAUUGGAAUGGGUCUUGGCUCUAAGAUCACUAUGGCUGUCUUAUUCACAAGCACUAUACCAUCACUUACUAUAUUCUUUCUCCCACAGGGUUGUGGUCCAAACACUAAAUGGGAUGAAACACAUUGGCAUGAUGCAUGGUGGUUUUAUGUCUUGGAACUAUUACUUGGACUGUUAUUUCUUCUGUCUCUGCACUAUCCAGGGGUAUCAAAAUUUUGUAGUAUGAAAAAUGGCUGGAUGAUUGCUAUCCUCACAAUAUCCUAUGAUUGGUGUGUUCAGACGACUAGAGCUGCUGGGAUGGGUGGAGCUGCUAUGCAAGAAGGUACAAGGAAUCCAGCUAUGGCUACUGUCAAUGCCUUUGGAUUUUCUCUGGCCAUGAUUAUGUUCGCUUUCAUGGGCAACGGGUAUCUCACAACGUAUAGACAGGCUGAACAAGAUAGAGACAACUGGCCUACCAAACACUUUACCACAAAAAAGGCAUUCUGGUACUGGUACUCGAGUUCAGCAAAAGGCGCCUAUAGAACCUGUAUGACGUCUUAUACAAGGGAUAUCAGAAGCACUAUUCUCGGAAAGAAGGAACAUCUUUUUAUUGUCUAUGAAGAUACUCCACCUGAAGAUGAAGAUCCCUUCUUUGACCUUCCAUUUAUCAAGAAGAAAGAGGAAGCUGAAUGCACACCAUAUCCGUUUGUGCCUCCUUACUAA